UUUUUUUUUUUUGUAAACGUCCCCUUGGUUUCCUAUUCUUUUCUCUGUCCUUUUUAUAAAUAUCAGUGUUCAUCUCUUUGAUCUCUCUUCUUGCUUUCUUCUUCUCUCUCUCUUGUUAAUACGUUUUUAUAUUUCUAUAGUAUUACUCUUUUUCCUUUUUUCGAUCUUAAUAAGCCGAUGAGUCUUCCGCGCAUCAUGCCCUUCUACUCCCAAGACGUUCAUACAACUCCACUAGAUACCACACAAGGUCUCCUACCGGGAUAUUCAUGUUCCUCUCCAUACGUACAGCCGAUAACAGGGACCAGUAAACUAGAGAUAAACGCCGUUCGCAAAGAUAACCACCGUGGAUCAUUAACGCAACACUCCAUGGUGGUCCCUUCCAUGAACGCCGUGGCCGCACCAGCAACCUUAAACUAUUUCCAUUCCACUUAUUUCCAUGUUCAUCCAACUCCACCAGCACAACAACAACGUCAAACACUGUUAUCAGUCCCGUACUCAUUCCCGUACUACUUGCCGCAUUCACCGGUGGCAGUGUCCCCUAUUCAUCACACACUGGGAAAUGCGACGAUCACUUACGAUACCAUUGCGGAAAACAUGCAAAAAGAUCUGGUCAAGGAUGUCUUCUUUUCUCCUGCUAUGAAUCACGACGAUGACAAGUUGUCGUCUUCCUUCGCCACCAGCAGUGACUCUGAAUCGGACAGUGUAUCGACCCCACCGAGAAGUGUGACGGAAGAAGAUUUAGAAGAUCUUCCCGUGACGCCCAGUGAUCUCUUGUUAGACGCCGAAGAAGAGGACCCUCUCUUCUUUUUUGGUUUUGAUUUGUCCGAAGAAGACACGGUGUCUGGCCAAAAACUGGAUCUCUCACCACUGAGCUCGUCCCGUCUCCAAGAUCAUGCUAGUCGGUGCAACUCAGUUACGGAGUGUUAUGGACACAAACGCCGACGCGACACUGACAUGUCCACGGCCACGUUGAAGAAGCCAAGGAACCACGAUUUCCCAGCCUCGUUCUCCGAUAUGUAUGACUAUUUCAACGAAGCUUCAGGAGAAGAUACAUCGGACGAAGAUGACGAGGACGACAAAGCUUCAUUCACUCCACGUCCUGAAUCUCAAUGCCAAAAUUAUGAAGCCGUUGAUCUUUUGCGAUAUGACGUAUUUGGCAAUUCGACCUCAUCUGGGUUCCAAUCUCAGGCCUCUUUCGAACCUCUGUCUGCGAAUGAAACUUCGUGGGAAGAUCGUUAUCAAACACUCUGUUCCGACGACGACGAGAAAAACCAAGGAGUUGAACCAGUUGAAGAAGAAGAAGGGGAAGAACAGGACGAGGAAGAAGUAGAAGAAGAAGAAGAACAGGAGCAAGUGCCUGCGCGUGCGACGGCGGUUCCUACGAUUUAUCAGCAAUUAACGGAAGCGAAUGUGGACUGGUGUCGUUAUUGCGGUACCACGGAAGGAGUCAACUGGCGACCUGGCCCGUGGGGUAAACGAACACUAUGCAAUAAACAUGGAUGUGACUACAAGGGUUAUGGUUUUGCUUGCAAACUGCCGCGACUGGAUCUGACUGGGUUUGCCAACGAAUCCAUCAAUGAGCGUGAUCGGCCCGUCUUGCAGCUGUAUUGCUCUGUCUGUCAUCGAGAGGAGUCAUGGGCUCAUAAUGUGCUUGUACGUUGCGAAGGAUGUCCCAAGGCAGUUCAUCAGAAAUGUGCCCAGACUGUGUUAUCAGAUGUUUUUGUGGCGGGUGAUGAACCUUAUUUCUGCGAUUCUACUUGUCGCGACAACAUCGUCCGGAAACGGAUCGUGGUUGAAUUACCGCGUAAACAUCUCCCUCUUAUGUGCGCACCAAAGAAUCUGCCAGCACCCUCCGUUGAAGGCACUCGGAUACGGUCUUUGCGCGAAUUGCGCUCUUAAGCAUGCCUUUUUUUUCUUUUUCUUUAUCCAUAUGUUCACCUUACUGUGUUUUUUCUUCUUCUUCGGGUUUUUGAUUUCUUGUAUAUACCUUGCCUUUUUAUCCUUUACUUAUUGACUUCCUCUAUGCUACAACUCAACACAAAUUUAAUUUAACUAGUUUUCUUUAUGUAUGAAACAAUGGGACAUUGUUUUUUUCUGUUACACAUCUAGACAUCUAACUUUCUUACAUGCACGUUUACAGCAUUUCUCCCCAAAAAAUACAUAAUCUAUAC